CAUAUGUCAAUCAGUCAUACAUAUCUCUCGCUAUUAUGGCAAACAAAGAAGAGGGUAUCAAGCUAUUUGGGACAACAAUCACGUUGCAUGGAAGACGAAGAGUCAUGAGAUCAGAAGAUCAAAAAAGGUCAGCUGAUGAGACGGUGGAGAAGAGGCCAGACAAGAUCAUACCAUGCCCAAGAUGCAAGAGCAUGGAGACCAAAUUUUGUUACUUCAAUAACUACAAUGUUAAGCAGCCAAGGCACUUCUGCAAGGGCUGCCAGAGGUACUGGACGGCUGGUGGGGCCCUACGGAACGUGCCAAUCGGGGCCGGUCGCCGGAAAAACAAGCCGCCGGGACGAGGGUUUGGUGGUUUAUUGGCUGAUGGGGGUUUCUAUGAUGGCUCAACUGGGGUGCACCAGCUUCAGUUGGAUGGGGUGGUGGUGGAGGAGUGGCAUGUGGCGGCUCACGGUGGUUUCCAGUGUGUUUUUCCGGUGAAGCGGCAGAGGAGCAACUCAGAUGGUCAAACGUGUUGAUCUCUUUCUUCUGUUUUUUAAUUUCCUUCUCCCUUUGUAUAAUAUUGAUCCAGGCGAACUGUGUACAUACAGGCUAGUUUAAUAAAUUAUACUUAAUUAGCUAUCUUA